GACCAGCUACUGUAUGUGUGUAUAACUAAACCUAGCGUUACGUGUAUGACACUGGAGGUCAGUGGGGAGAGACAGGGAUCUGGCAAAGAAACACGUUGCGGCCGACUGUUUUUGCCAAAAACCCGUUGGAAUUUUUAAAUAACGGAACGUACGGAAGAUUGCUCUGUUAAAGAUUUGAAAGAGAACUUUCCACUAAGAAAGACUGACUCAAGUGAGAAGAGGAAGAAGAAAUUUUGGAAAUUGUAAUAUGAAAAAGGACCCGGUUGAAACAAUAGGUUUUAUUCCUCAAAAAGACAUUAUCUAUAACAAACUCCUACCUUACGCAGACAGAUUAGACAAUGAAUCUAAUGAGCUUUUGGCCAAAAUUAAAGGAAAUUUGGGACGAGCAGUCCAGCUCAGGGAGUUGUGGCCUGGAGUUUUGUUUUGGACGAGAAAACUCUCCACGUAUCUCCGUCUGUAUGGGAGAAAGUUCAGUAAGGAGGACCAUGUACUUUUCAUUAAGCUCCUGUACGAGCUGGUCACCAUCCCUAAGCUGGAGAUCAGCAUGAUGCAAGGGUUCGCCAGGCUCCUGAUCAACUUACUCAAGAAGAAAGAGCUGCUUUCAAGGGAUGACCUGGAGUUACCCUGGAGACCUUUGUAUGAGCUGUAUGAGAGGAUCCUGUAUUCUAAAACAGAACAUCUGGGUCUCAACUGGUUCCCAAAUUAUCGAGCAGAAGCCUCCCCUAAACAAAAAAUGCUAAGUUAUGUGCGCAAGCGCUCUGUGGAAAAUGUGCUGAAGACACUGGUGAAGAGCUGCAGGCCGUAUUUCUCUGAGUCAGCAACGCAAGAGAUGUUGGACGAGUGGCGGCCGUUACUAUGCCCUUUCGACGUUACCAUGCAGAAGGCGGUGGGCUACUUUGAGCUUUUCCUCCCAACAAUAAUGCCCCCAGAGCAGCAUGACAAGGGCUUCAAGCUGUGGUUUGACGAGCUGAUGGAUCUUUGGGUAUCGGUGCAGAACCUGCCAAGCUGGGAGGGGAACCUUGUCAAUCUCUUUGCACGUCUGGCAAAUGACAACAUUGGCUAUGUCAACUGGGAUCCAUACAUUCCCAAGAUCUUUACCCGGAUCCUGCGUAGCUUUAACCUGCCCGUGGGUAGCAGUCAAAUGAUCGUGCCCAGAUACCUGACCAACUCUUACGACAUCGGCCACGUGGUCCUCUGGAUCUCUUCCAUGCUGGGAGGCCCAGGAAACCAGGCUCAGAAACAGCUCAACGGACUCUUCAGCAGCAUUGCCUCUUUCUACCACCCCUCAAACAACGGGCGCUGGCUGAUGAAGCUGAUGAAGCUCUUGCAGAGGCUGCCUGCCAGCGUGGUUCGGCGGCUGCACAGAGAGCGUUAUAAGAAGCCCUGCUGGAUCACGCCUGUCCCAGCUAGUCACCGCCUCACUGAUCAGGACGUGACAGACUUUGUGGAGAGCAUGAAGCAGCCGGUGCUCAUGGCCAUGUUUAGUAAGACGGGCAGCAUGGAUGCAGCCCAGGCCCUCCAGAACCUGGCUCUGAUGAGACCUGAACUGGUCAUUCCUCCAGUGCUGGAGAAGACAUACCCUGCCAUGGAGACGCUGACUGAGCCUCAUCAGCUGACGGCCACUCUUAGCUGUAUGAUCGGAAUGGCCCGGAGUCUGCUUAGCGGUGGACGUCACUACCCAGAAGGCCCUGCUCAUGUCCUUCCGUUGCUCAUGAGGGCUUUGCCUGGUGUCGACCCCAAUGACUUCAGCAAGUGCAUGAUAACAUUCCAGUUCAUCGCUACUUUUACUACUCUUGUGCCUUUGGUGGACUGCUCUUCAGCCCUUCAUGAGAAAAAUGAUUUAACAGAGAUGGAGAGAGAGCUAUGUUCAGCAUCUGCGGAGUUUGAGGACUUUGUUCUACAGUUUAUGGACAGGUGCUUUGCAUUGAUUGAGAGCAGCACACUGGAGCAGACCAGAGAGGAGACAGAGACUGAGAAGAUGACUCACCUGGAGAGCUUGGUGGAACUGGGCCUGUCCUCCACCUUCAGUACAAUCCUCACACAGUGCUCUAUGGAGAUCUUUAAGGUCGCUCUGGAGAAGGUUUUUAACUUUGCCACCACCAACAUCUUUGAGACUCGAGUUGCAGGGAGAAUGGUGGCAGAUAUGUGCAGAGCAGCAUCUAAGUGUCACCCUGCUGAAUCUCUCAGACUCUUUGUGCCUCACUGCUGCAGCGCCAUCACCCACAUCACUGCCAAUGAAGACGUGUUGAAUGAAGAGGAGUUGGAUAAAGAGCUGUUGUGGAACCUUCAGCUAUUGUCUGAGGUAACGCGCGUGGACGGAGAGAAGCUGCUCCCGUAUCGCGCGCAGCUGGUGCAGAUCCUGCAGCUGACCCUGCGGCUGCGAUGCAAACAGGGCUACAGUCUGGCCUGCAACCUGCUGCAUCACAUCCUGCGUUCCACGGCCCUCAUCUACCCCACCGACUACUGCAGCGUGCCCGGGGGCUUCAGCAGACCACUCAGCGAGUACCUCCCCAUAAAGGACUGGGGUCGUCCGGGUGAUUUGUGGGACCUGCAGAUCCGUUGGCAUGUGCCCAGUGCAGAGGAGACAGAAUUUGUCUUCUAUGUGCUGGACCUGCUUCUGCAACCUGAGCUUCAGCGUCUCCAGAGAUACGCCCAGGGAGAGCAGGACAUGAGCAGGGAUGACGUUCUCCAGAGCUUGUCCAUAGUGCAGCAUUGCCUUCUGGGAGCUGGGAGCAUGCUGCCCCCACUGGACGGCCCUCCAGUCACAGGCCUAGUUCCCAGCUUGGUGAGUCUGGAGGAGACUAAGCUGUUCAUAGGGGUGAACUAUGAUGAGUCCAGAGAGAACUACAGAGAGGCCAUCUGCAAAGUCAUGAGACAGCUGCUACAUCAUAUUCUGGAACAUUCAGAGGAUGACACCAAGUCCCUCUUUGCCAUCAUUAAAAUCAUCAGUGACCUGAUGCAUUUUAAAGGUUCCCACAAGCAUGAGUUUGACUCUCGCUGGAAGAGCUUCACUCUGGUGAAGAAGUCCAUGGAAAACAGACUUCAUGGGAAAAAGCAGCACAUUCGAGCUCUGCUCAUCGACAGAGUGCUCCUCCAGCACGAGAUGCGUAAGCUGUUGGUGGAAGGCUGUGAGUAUAAAACCAUACACCAGGACCUGCUGAAAGACCUCUUACGACUUUCCACCAGCACAUACAGCCAGGUCCGCAGCAAAGCCCAGAGUGUUUUUUUCACAGCGCUGGGAGCAUAUAACUUCUGCUGCCGAGACAUCACCCCACAAGUCCUGCAACUUUUGGACCCCAACCGCACUGAUGUCACUCAGCAGCAGUUUAAGGGGGCGCUGUACUGUCUGCUGGGGAACCAUAGCGGGGUGUGCUUGGGUAACCUUCACGACUGGGACUGUAUUGCUCUGACGUGGCCGGCCAUGGUCCGCUCUGGUCUCAGCGUGGCCAUGUCCCUGGAGAAACCCUCGAUUGUCAGACUCUUCGAUGACCUCGCCGACAAGGUUCACCGCCAGUACGAGACCAUUGGCAUCGACUUCGCUGUGCCAGACAGCACAGUUUUGCUGGCGGGGAGGAUCACUGAGUCCAAGGCCCCUGUUCCCAACCCAGGCACGCCGACAGAUCAGGAGAUAGAGCAAGGAAUUGCUCUGCAGCAAGCCAAAAACCUUGACUCAGUACAGAAAUAUGAGAGGCUGGUUAGCGAUCUCUUGGAGUGCCUGGAUGAUCGGGACCUGCCGUGGAAGUUUGAGCAUAUGGCCAUCGGUUUCCUGUCUUUACUACUGAGAGACGACCAUCCACUUCCUGCUCCUGCUGUCCUCUUUUUUGUCCAGAGCCUCAACCAUGACGCUCUCAUCGUACGAAAGAUGGCAAUCUCUUCCGUUGGAGGCAUUUUGAAACAGCUGAAGAGACCACGGAAGAAAGUGGCUGUCUGUCCUAGUGAGAUCAGUGGGGUGACAGAACCAGAGGGCCUCAUCGCAGGAGACAGACCUGGGAAUGAAUGGCUCCAGUACGACACUAACAAACUGCCUCGCUCCCAGCAGGACUGGGAAAACUUCCACUUUGUGGAAAAAACCCACUGGGGCUACUACACCUGGCCAAAGAAACUGAUGUUGUAUGCACCUACUGCAGAGCAGCCAAAUGACCUCACCCCAGAAGACAUGAAUGAGAGAGAGCGCAUUAUCUACGACCAUUUCUCUGACCCCGGCUUCAUCGCUCAGCUCAUCGAGUUUUUGGCGCUGGAGGACCGAAAGGGUAAAGACAAGUUCAACCCUCGCAGAUUCUGCCUCUUUAAGGGCCUGUUCCGUAACUACACCGAUGCCUUCCUGCCUGUGCUGCGGCCACACAUGGAGCGCCUGGCCAACGACUCUCAUGAGAGCACACAGCGCUGUGUGGCCGAGAUCAUCGCCGGGCUGGUCAGGGGCAGCAAACACUGGGGCUACAGCAAGGUGGAGGCUCUUUGGGACUUCCUGAUUCCUCUAAUGCGCACAGCUUUAUCUAAGAUCACCGUGGAGACCUACACAGACUGGGGCACGUGUGUCGCGACUGCCUGCGAAAGCAGAGAUCCUCGUAAACUCCACCGUCUUUUGGAGAUGCUAAUGGAAUGUCCACUUAGUGGGGAGGGAGGAUCCUUUGUAGAUGCCUGUCAUCUGUAUGUAUUACAGGGAGGCUUGGCUCAGCAGGAGUGGAGAGUUCCAGAACUCUUACACAGACUGCUGUGUUACUUGGAGCCCAAACUCACUCAGGUCUACAAGAAUGUGCGUGAGCGAAUCGGCAGCGUGCUGACGUACAUCUUCAUGAUUGAUGUCAUGCUGCCACAUACCUUACCCACCAAAUCCCCUCACAUCUCUGAGUUCACCCAGAGAGUCAUGUGCAGGCUCAAGCCCUUACUGGAGGGAGAAGAGGAGAUCCAGAACCACGUGGUGGAGGAGAACGGAGUGGGAGAGCAAGAUGAGAGAACCCAGGCCAUCAAACUGCUCAAAACUGUGCUGAAGUGGCUGAUGGCCAGUGCUGGACGUUCCUUCUCCACACCAGUAUCACAGCAGCUGCAGCUGCUACCUCUACUCUUCAAGAUUGCUCCUGUGGAGAACGAUGACAGUUAUGAUGAGCUGAAGAGAGACGCGAAGACCUGUCUGUCACUCAUGUCUCAGGGACUGCUGUACCCAGAGCAGAUUCCUCUGGUACUGCAGGUGCUGAAGGAGAUUGCAGGGAGCAGUUCGUGGCACGCUCGGUUUUCCGUGCUGACCUACCUGCAGAUAAUGGUCUUCUACAACCUCUUCACCAUGCUGAGCAGCGAGCAGGCGGUCAGAGACGUGCGGGCCUUGGUCAUCAGACUCCUGGAGGAUGAACAGCUUGAGGUGAGGGAGAUGGCUGCCACCACUCUCAGUGGUUUUCUGCAGUGUAAUUUCCUGGCCAUGGAUGCUUCCAUGCAGACACACUUUGAGGCUCUCUGCAAGACCAGACUGCCCAAGAAGAGAAAGAGAGACAGGGGCUCCAUAGUGGACACCAUCCCCUCUGUCGAUCUGGUGCGUCGUCAUGCUGGAGUGCUGGGACUUAGUGCGUGUAUCCUGUCCAGUCCUUAUGAUGUCCCCACCUGGAUGCCCCAGCUUCUCAUGGACCUGAGCGCCCACCUCAAUGACACACAGCCUAUAGAGAUGACUGUGAAGAAAACUCUCUCUAACUUCCGGAGGACACACCAUGACAACUGGCUGGAACACAAACAGCAGUUUACAGAUGACCAGCUACUGGUGCUCACUGAUCUCCUGGUGUCACCAUGUUACUAUGCCUAGACAGGUUCUCAGGCAUAGUUCUCUACUACUGCAACUUUUACUUAGUCCCUUUUUUUCCUCUUAUACCAUUUCACACACAAACAAUCAAUACACAUAUUAUGCAUAUCAGAGGAAGGGAGAAGAGAAGACAAAAGCUGCUCUUUUUCCCCCCAUUGGCUCUGUUCUGCUCGGACAGCGGCAUCGAUUCAGGGCCCCGGAAGAAAAAAAGAAAGAAAGGAAGAAAACAGAACAUCAAUGACUUGAAGCAGAAGAAAGAGAGGAUGAAGGGAGAGGAUGAGUGGAGGAGAGAGAGAGAGAGAGGAGAGACGAAAGCAUGUAGUGGAAUCGGGGAUGUUUAAUUUCAGGCUUUGUACGUACUGUACUGUAUGUAUGUAUGUAUUUAGUCCAUGUUUGCAUUUCUACUAUGCUUAAUAUUUAAGGAUUACCAGCGCAGGGG